UUUUUCUCUGUCCCCACAUUAUUAUUUCCUCUUCAUCACAUUUAAUAUCAACCCGAUCCAUCACUACGCGCGUGUACUUUCUUCUUCUGAAUUCAGUAGAGGCAAGCUUCAAUCAUUCAAGCACAUGAAUAUUUUUAAUAACGGAAACGCUCAAAUGUAUCCUGGAAUGAAUCAACAUUAUUCGAAUGGAGGAAGUUCUGGUGGAGGAGGGCCUAAACGUUUUCGAGGUGGAGGAGGGGGAGGCGGUGGUGGGCAUGAUGGCGUUGAUAUGUACCAUGAAGCUUUGGCUGCUGGCAAAUUUGAAUUACGUAUGCUUAUUCCGAGCCGUUCUGCUGGGGCAGUUAUCGGUCGUGGUGGAGAAUAUAUCAAAUCUUUACGUGCGAAGUACGAUGCCAACAUCAAUGUCCCAGAUAGGAGCACCCCCGAGCGUGUGCUGACAAUCAUUUGCCAUCAGGAUAGUAUUGAACAAUGCGUUUUGGAAAUUUUGAAUAAACUUUCUGAGGGAGAGAAGGCUAGUCGUGGGGAAGUUGAUGUUAAAGUUUUGGUUCAUCAGUCACAUGCAGGUGCAAUUAUUGGUCGUGGUGGCAGUAAAAUUAAAGAACUUCGUGAACAGACUCAAUGUCGCUUUAAAGUGUUCCAAGAAUGUUGUCCAAUGUCUAGUGAUCGUGUUUGCUGUAAGAUUUUUAUAUUUUUCAUAAAGAGUUGUUCGAGCAGGGCUAAUUUGAUCACUGGUGAUUCUGCUAAAUUACCUGCUGCUGUUAAAAUCCUCAUAGAUUUUGUCAAGGAUAUUCCAUUCAAAGGACCACAUGUACCAUACGAUUCAGCUGCUUAUAAUCCGCAAUUGUGUCACGCUUAUGGCGGUUUUGAGGGCGGUAACAUGGGAGCCCCAGCUCCUCCUAUGCCACCUCCACAUUUCGACUUUCCUCAUCACGGACCACCACAGCCAGGAGUUGGCUAUGCAGGAUUUGGACCGGGACCAGGUGGUCCUCCAACUCAUACUCCAGGCGGGCCGCCGUUGAUGGGACCUCCUGGUCCUUAUCCUGGAGGUCCAGGAGGCGACCAAAUAACUACAACACAGGUGACAAUUCCGAGCAAGCUUAGCGGCACAAUUAUUGGGAAACGUGGGGAAUGUAUCAAUCGUAUUCGAAACGAUUCUGGUGCUCGAAUUGAGAUUGAUACCCAGACUGAUCCAUUUGGUACAGAUGAGCGCAUCAUUACUAUAACUGGCACAACGCAUCAAAUUCAUAUGGCGCAGUUUUUGCUUCAGCAGAGGUUUUAA